AUGAAUACAGCACCGCCAACAACAUACAAGGCGUCCCCCUCCCUCCACGCCUUCACCUCAUCCACCCCCGCCGCAUUCCUCGCUGCCAACCCGUCCAUCCACCACCUCAUGACGGGCGCCCUCGUCACAAACGCCCAGGGCCAGGUCCUCCUCCUCCGCCGCGCACCCCACGACACGUGGCCCCUGCAGUGGGAGAUUCCAGGAGGGUGCGUGGACGACGAGGACGUCAACAUUGUAUCUGCCGCCGUGAGGGAGCUAUGGGAAGAGACGGGGCUUCGGGCCAAACUUGUGAAAGCACCCGUUAGAUUGGUGCCUGAUGAUCAAGCUGGAGAACCAGUCGUUGAUGCGCUUGAGGCAAAGUUGGAGAUGAUUGGGGACUUUUUGAUAUUUCGUGUUAAAGAGGUGGUAUGGGGGAAGUUGGCGGUUUGGAUUGAUGUAGAGAGCUACGACGCCGUCAAGAUUUGCGACGACGAGCAUGUCGAGCAUGCAUGGGUCACGGAGCAAGAAGCCAGGGAGAGAAGGUUUAGUGAUGGGAGGGAGCUGGACUUUACGAGUGAGGGUGUGAGGAGGAAUGUCUUGGAGGGGUUUAGGCUGUGGAGGGAGGAGAGGGACACCAAGUGA